UUGUGUAAUCUCUCUCCAAAAUUGGCUGCUCGUGCAAUCAUUUGAUAGCCUUCCAAGACUUCUAUAAAUUGGCCAUUUUUGGCUUCAUAAGCUUCACACACUCACCAUUCCUCUACUUUCUUUCUGAGAGAUUGCAUUUGCAUGCACUAGUAAAAGUACCAUACCAAAAUGGCCUUCCUUUCUAUUGUUUCCAAGUCUGCUGUCAUGCUCUUCAUCACUGCCUUGUGCUGCCUCUUUGUCAUGCAGCUCCAAGCUUCUGCCUUGGCAGAUUGCAAGAUGGGCAGUGGAUGCUUCUACGUCAAAGCAACUCUGCAUGAAGUGCAUUCCAGAAAGUUGCUUGAAGGGAUGAAGGGCCAUGAAAUGGUUUUCAAGAGUGGGGGCAUGGCUGGAUCGGCAAGUGGUGGCAAAGGGAUGAAGGUUGGUGCUGGUUGGGAGUUGAGGGAGGCUCCGAUGGGUCCAGACCCCUUGCACCACCACGGUGGCGGCCCCAAGAACGCCAAGACACCAUAGUGCUUUUGUGGAUCCCCACCCUUUUGAGACAGAGUUGUCUUAAGUUUUGGCUACUCCGAUCCUGCUAUAAAUCUAGAAAAUGUGCGACAAAGUUUUUUGGCUUGCUUAGUAUGAUGUCAACAUGCAAGAUACUUAUUAUCGUUUCCUAAUGGUAAUGUAAUGCUAUCGUAGCAUGAUCUUUUGCUCUAUAUACACUGCAUUUUGUCACAUGUUAAUCCAAA